CAACUAAUCCAUAAGGAACUUUGCUUAGUGGGCUUGAACGAAAUCCAAAAUGCUUUUCAAGAUUAUAUAAUUCGUGAGAAAUUCAAAAAAAAGAAAAAACAACUACUCGAAAACGCUCUCACAUCUCUCAUAACUCUUGUUUCCAAGAUCUCUCGAGGUUUCUUUUCCCCUUUUUUGUACCUGUUGUGUUAUGGAUCCAGAAGCUGCACGAACUGCCCGAGAAUCCCUAGAUCUGGCAUUUCACAUGUCAAAUAUUCUUGAUACGGGUCUCGAUCGGCAUACUCUCUCGGUCCUCAUUGCUCUCUGUGAUUUGGGUUUAAACCCUGAGGCUUUGGCUGCUGUUGUCAAGGAACUUCAGAGAGAACCUCCACCAUCAACCCCGUUGUCAUCUUCUUCAUCACAACUAAGGGCAUUAAGUUACUCACUUUCCUCUGCGUCAAACCGGAAAAUAUUUUUCGGAAAAUGUUUUCCUAAUUUUUCAGUGUUUGUUUCACUGAAAACAUUUUACAUUUGGAAAAUAUUUUCCAAGACACGGGUAAAAUGAAUGAGGUUUAGGGGAAAAUGUCUUACGGAUUUGAUUUCUGUAAGACAUUUUCCGGUUCCUCUUUCUUCCAGGUAAGGCUCGUUCUCCUUCUUCUGUUCUUCAUUCCUUUUCCUUCUUCCGUUCUUCAUCUUCUCUUCCAGGUAAAAGUCCGUCGCAUAUUAGGUAAAGGUCUAGAGCCAGAGUAGGCAAGAGCGAUCCUUCAAGUGGGAGAAAGCUUUAUCCAUUUUGAGUUGCCCUUCAGUCAUUGUGCUGAGUUCUAAGUGCUUCAAUCCGAUAUCCAGUUGAGCCAAUUCUCUUCUCUGCAUAUUCUGUUUUGUUUCCUCUCUUUCUCACUUUGUCAGGCAAAUCUACCAUGAAUUCUUCGCUGGGUCUUGGCUUAAGGUAUGGCAUAAAGCUCUUUUUAACUUUUGAAGUAAAAUCUGUCAUCUUGGAGGAAAUCUGACUAAUUUUUUUCUGAGAAGUGUUUGAUUCUACAUGCUGUGCCAAUUAUUGAGUUCAUCUUUGUUAUAAGCCAUAGAUUGCUUAAACUUUUGCGAUUUGAAUCCUGGAAAUUGAAUUAUUCUUAGGAUAAAUCAAAUACUGUCUCUUGCAAAGAUUUCAAAAUUUUCAUGCAACGUUUGCAUUCUGCACAAUCUAAUCCUUUACUUCUGCUGUCCUGCAGAUUGUGAAGACUGUUUAUGCAUCUCCCAGCCGAGUAAAUUUUCAUUUGGACUCAAAAAAG